UAAAUUCUUAACCAAAAGAUUCCCUUGAUGAAGCUUGACGUCAAAACAGUUCUAAACUCCCAAAGUGCACAUCCCAUACCCAAAAUUCUCCCAUCUAUGCAUAUUUUCUAAUCUGGGAAAUCAAUGCAACAAAGUAAAAAGGAUUCCUAAGAUCAGAGAAGUGUAAAGAACUAGGGUAUUAUCAAUGGGUAAAAUCGAAUUGAUUAUAUUGGAUUUUAUUAUAUCAUUUAUGUGGGUAUGUUCAGGAACUCUCAUCAAAUUAUUUACCUACAAGUAUUUAGGGUUUCAACCAAAAGGUGAAAUCAUUAAAGCAUGUUUGUUAGUAUUGAAUAUGUUCUUCUUUGCUUGGUUGGGGAAGAUUAGUAGAGGUGGUACUUAUAAUCCUCUUAAUCUUUUAUCUGGUGCAAUUUCUGGGAACUUCACUGGAUUUUUAUUCAUUGUUUGUGUCAGAAUCCCUACUCAGGUAAUUGGGUCUAUUGUUGCAGUAAAGCUCAUCCUUCAGACCUUCCCAGAAAUGGGUCGUGCUAGCCCACUGAAAGUUGAUAUCCAUCGAGGUGCAUUGACAGAAGGACUUCUUACGCUUGCAAUUGUUUCUGUAUCCCUUGGUCUCACAAGAAAUAGCCCCAACAGUUUUUUCAUGAAAACGUGGAUUUCGAGCGUCUCCAAACUAGCUCUUCAUAUAUUAGGAUCUGAUAUCACCGGUGGAAUCAUGAACCCGGCUUCUGCAAUGGGAUGGGCUUAUGCUCAGGGCAAUCACUUAACAAAGGAUCAUUUAUACGUCUACUGGCUUGCUCCAAUUCAGGCGACCUUGGUAGGUGUGUGGACUUUCAAGUUGAUUCUUCAGGAUCCCCAAAAGCAGGAACAAGAUGUAGCCAAGAAGUCUAAAUCCGAAUGAAGAAGGCGAAAUUCACUUGACUAGUAUUUGAAAAUCCUUCUUUCAUGAUAUUGUAAUCAAUUGUACAUUGUCUCAUUGAUCCACCAUUAAUCAGACUUCAUGAUUUUCAUUAUAUAAUCAUUCUCGUUCCAGUUA